AUGGGUACUGGCAGUCAGACCGGCGGAGACCAGACUGACCUCGGCGUGGAGGAUGCCGCUCAGAGUAUCGGGAGGCUUCAGUUCAAGCUAGAGUACGAUUUCACCGCCAAGACUCUGAUAGUGGUGGUCGUUCGCUGUGAAGGACUCCCUGCGCUGGAUGUCGGCGGAACUUCGGACCCGUAUGUGAAAGUCUACCUUCUGCCAGAGAAGAAGAAAAAAUUCGAAACAAAAGUACAGAAGAAUACCUUGAAUCCUUGGUUCAACGAGACCUUCAAAUUUAAGAGCCUGCCCUACGCGGACGCGAUGAACAAGACGCUGGUGUUUGCCGUGUUCGACUUCGACCGGUUCUCCAAGCACGAUCAGAUCGGCGAGGUGCAGCUGCCCCUGUCGCACGUCGACCUCGCUAAUGUCAUCGACGAGUGCAGGGAGCUUGUCAGCGUCGAGAGCGACGCAGAACAGGACAAGAAACUGGGCGACAUAUGUUUUUCAAUCCGAUACGUCCCCACAUCCAGUAAGCUGACGGUGACAAUUCUGGAAGCAAAAAAUCUGAAAAAGAUGGACGUGGGAGGCCUAUCGGAUCCAUAUGUGAAGGUAGAAGUGAUUCUUGGCAAAAGAAAACCCAAAAAGAAGAAAACAUCAGUGAAAAGAAAUACGCUAAAUCCGUAUUUCAACGAAAGCAUGACAUUCGACAAGAUAAACAGAAAUCAAAUAGAGAAGGUGCAGCUGAUUGUCACAGUGGUGGACUACGAUCGGAUCGGAUCGUCGGACCCCAUUGGACGCUGCGUCCUCGGUUGCCAGGCAACGGGAGCCGAGCUGCGUCACUGGACCGACAUGUUGGCGGCGCCCAGACGGCCCAUCGCCCAGUGGCACACCCUGCAGAAUCCCGAGCCGGACGAAGCGUAGUGAUUAGUGAGGCAGGUGUUCGAACUGGUGGACAUGUGAACAAGAGUGGAGCUGGUCCAGAGAGUGACUGACCAGUGCGACUUAUAGUGAUGGAAUACUCUACUCUGGUCGAAACUCUGGUCACUGGUGUGGAUGGCCUCAGACGUUCCUACAUGGAGAGUGUAAUGACAAUGCGAGAUACGGCGCUGCGGUACCACUUUAUCUAUCGAGUGUCUUCGGCGGCAGGAUGGACAGUGUUGGUUGAGACGCAGUAACUCAAGGGCCAGCACGCAUCCGCGAGUGCGAACUGUCGCCUGUGAAUGGCGACUGUGAAUGUUACGUCUGAUGUGAUUUGUGAGUUCACUCAAUGAUUAUGAAAUUAAGAAACUCCAGAGUCCAGACCAGGUUACCACAAGUGGUAGGGCGUGCUAGAACCUGACUCCUGAGUGAAAUUCAUGUGUGCCUAGCCAUGCGUGUGCAAUGUGCAUCGGUUUUGUGUGUGUCGCGACUGCACCAAUAACCUUUCAAUGCGUUAUUUUGGGCCCCUGCAUUUACAUACUAUAGCAGUUUUAAACUGCGCUGUGCUAUUAAUGUGAAGAAAUGUUAAUCUGGCUUCUGAGGUCUUGAUCCGUUACCUACAUGUCAGCAUUGUUUAAUUUAUCUUAUCUCGUUCUCCUCCGAGUGAGCGGCCCAAAAGAACCGAAACGUGGAAUACGCCCUCGUGUAAGCAUUGUACAUCUCAACCAAUGAAUCUUGUGAGUGCGUAUUUUAAGAAUAAGUAGAGCCAUCUUCAAUUUGCAUGUCAACUUGUGAGCAAUCUUUUCCUUAUUCGGUAGCAAUGAUUCACAAAAUAUUCAUCUAAUCGCCGUAUAUUCAACAUUUAAAAUGAUGGCAGCAGUUACCGAAUAUACAUAUAAUUGGUUAAAAA